AUGGCCAACCACGACAACAGCAACAUCGACUGGCCACCCCUCAACAAGACCUCUGCUGGGGGCGGCCCCGUCGCGAGCCACCCGUCCGUCGUGGCCGGCGCCCGUCCCAGCUACAGGGACGUGCUCAUCGGCAAUACCGUUAUUGCGGGUCCGGAUGAGGUCCACCACGGCCACACCACCACGACCACAACGACGACGACGGCCGGUGAGGCGGUGGACGAUGCCAUGGACGUCGAUGAACCGACCCCGUGGACCACCAUGUCCCCAGAGGAGCUCAACGCCGCUGUCGUCCGUGACAGGAUUUGCCUCCGUCUCCGUGACCAGUACAUCCGACUGGCGCAUUUCAACGCCCGCAUGAAGAAGCGUGGUGUCCCCAUGUGUCAGGCGCACACGGAGCGCUUGAACAACACCCGCACAUGGCUUCACCACAGGUACACCCUGCUUGGCAACCCUGCCCUCGCCGCCAGGAUCGAGGCCAAUUACCGUCAGAAGAUCCCGGGCUGGGCUCCUUAUGCGCUUGAGAAUGAGAGGUGA